AGCUGUCACUAGAUGAUGCAUGCAACAGGAACACAUAAAAGGGGACAGAAACUUGGGAAGUCCUUCGGCUAAGGGAAGACAAACUGCACUGAGGUUUAUCUCCAUGGAGAAAUCCAUGGACAAGCUAAGCAGCGAGAACAAGCGGACAGCUUCUGGAGCACCUCAGGCUGAGAAGGUCAGUCCUGCUCCCACCGCAGGGGCUGCAGGAAUGAGCGGAGCAGGACCCCAUGCAGAAAAUGCUGCUGAUGUGGAGAGACUGGCAUUCACUGAGGGACAUUCCAAAGAAACAGAGAGCUCUCCAGGCACAGAGCUAGACAGUCCUGAUGCCUUGAAAACAGCGUUUUCAGGAGACGGUCUGAACUCAGCAUCUCUUGCUAUGGUAACAAACCCGAGCUCUCCUGAGGUAUGCAGUUCUGAAAGGGACGACCAGCCUUCACCCACAUCAUCUGUCGCAGACAUGGACUGCCUGGUCUGCUUCAACAAGUACAGCAUUUAUCGGGUCCCAAAGCUCCUGGGCUGUCAGCAUGCUUUCUGUGCGGUCUGCCUGAAGCUCAUCCUCAGGAAAGAGGAGAAUACCUGGAUAAUCACCUGCCCCCUGUGCAGAAAAAACACGUUUGUGUCAGGAGGACUUAUCCGCACGCUCCCAAACAAAGAAGAGAUCAUGGACCUCUUGGAGCACCCCGACUCAUGUCAUGAGGUACACGUCUCCAGCAUCGGGCUGGAUAGCAGCAGCUGGGCUCAGAGCAGCCAGGACAUUGUAAACAGAGACCAAACGAUCCCAGCAGACAACAGACUGGCUGUGCAGAGACUUGUGCUGCUCCUGCUGCUUUUGGUGAUUCUCACCAUCCUCAUCCUCCCGUUCAUAUACUCCGGGAUGAUAAAAUGGGUCAUUUGUAUCAUGCUGACUUUGGGGUUGGUCAUGUCUAUGGUGCUUUGCUGCACUCCUAAAUUUUACUGGCGCUGCAAUGGAAGCUCACUCAGGUCGUGCCACAAGGAGACCCACAUUGCUGCUAUUGCCUGAAACAAUUUGAGAUACCUGGAGAUAAUGCCUCGUUCCCCUUGCACAGCUCAGUGUCAGCAGCACGAGUCAGUUACUGGACUUUGAAAGCAAACACAUCAUAAAUUCAAAGCGUCUGACAUAGCCCUAAGGCUGAAUGGCUAUGCAGAUUGCUGCUUUAAUAUUACCGAAAACAUAGAAAAACAUUUGUAUUCUGAUAUUUGUAAGAGAAAAUUGUAAGCCUUCCUCACAGCUUUUAUCCCAGAUGAAUAAUUAUUUUGUUUUGCUUUGGUCAUUUUGUUCUUGUUGGUGUCAUCUCUGGAUUACUGCUGCAGAACAUUAUCUGAAACAUCUGACACUGAAAAUUUGUCCCCGUUGCUGUGUUUUCCUGCUCUCUUAACAUACCCACACCUUUUCUUGUGAUAAUGUGGGGAAUUAGCCUGAUAAUCUGGGACUGGACAACCAGCCUCAACGGAAGAGGGUGAUUUUAACCCAGUUUAUCACCUUAAUCUGUAUCAUGGACCAAAAGGUUGUUGUCAGCGGUGGGAAGGUAGGGCUGGGAGAAGGCAGCCACCUUAAGUUGCCACCUUAAGUUGCACGCAAAACUAGAGAGGAAGAGGCAAAAUCAACACUUCUAAUCUUGAGUCCACAACUUACAAAGGGCAAGGCUCUGAAAAGCUCAUGACAUUCCAAGCUCUCUGUGUUAUUUAGCACAGAAAUGGUUCCUCUCAGCUGCACUCCUCUAUCUGGCUUCCUGUAGCACCUCUCCUCUUGCUCUCUUUACAUUAAGUGUGACAUUGCCCUUGGAGAUGCCCACAACUCUCCCUGUAGAGAUCAAAAUAAAUCUACCAAUGGUUAUCCUAUGCCAAAUCUGAUAUAUUUUUUUUUAUAUAUGGAAUAUAUCCAUUAAAGUUUAAUAAUGCUAAA